AUGGGAAGUGUUGCUAACCGCAGGAGUAGUAGACUGCAGCGCAAAUCAAAAUUGGCAUUAGCCGUAAAAGAAUGCAAGAAGGUAGAAAUUAACAUGAAUGACAGGAAUCAUAUAUGUUCGGAGCAAGAUGAUGCUGUUAAAUCGUUCAAAGAGCAGAAAAUGCGGAAACGUAAAAUCAGCGUUAGUUCGGAUGAUACUGCUGAUUCGAAUGUUUCGGAGGAUGAGUGGGAAGAAGUUGAUUUCGCUGACCAAACAAAUUAUGGAGUAGAUCCUGAUGGUACGGUUGAAAUUACAAUUAGAGCUGCGAAACCUGUCGAGACAGAAGGCAAGUGGGCGAGAUUUAUUAGACAGCAGGUUAAUCGCAAAAUUCGUGACCGGCAAAUUAAUUGUCAUAAGAUGCAUCUUCUCUGUUACAUUGCACAUUUACGCACGUGGGCACGUGCCUUAAUACGAUAUCAGCCAUUAACAUCACUGUGCCUAUCAUUGAUACCGGAAGGUUAUAUAGCUUCUGCGAAACAUGAAUUCGAUGUGGCAAUAGCCGAGAGAUUUAUGAAAUGGUUUCGAUCAACAUUCCAAUUUACAACGAGAAAACACAUCUUCAGAAAUGGCUUUUGCGAUUCUCAGAUAAAAAGAUUAGAAGAUUUAAUUGGCGAACGUGUCUACGAAGACGAUAAAGACUUGGCAUCGCUGCUGUUUUUAUGUCUAUUAUCGUUGAAGCAAUGCUGCCGAUUGUGUCUUUCAUGUCAGCCUAUAAGACAGAAACUGACAGUGGCUAUGUUACGCUCUGAGCAUACUGAAAUCUUCAUUAAAACAAAUAUUAAUAACGACGACAAUUCAGUGGUAUGGGAGAAGAAACUAUAUGAAGUAACGAAGAAGGUGCAGAUGAAAAUAGAUGAUUGCAGCAAACGUAGCAUGAAAAAGUGUGAAGAGAUGAAAAGAUCAAAUGUAAAGAAAUCGAAAAGAAGCAGUGGAAAUAAUUCCGAUCAAAUUGCAUUUACGAACAGGAGAGAGAUAAAUUCAGGAAGGAAUUAUUGGGUGGAAUAUUGGGAUGAUAGUAAUACUAGAUGGAUUUGUAUGGAUCCGUGGUAUGGAACUGUCGAUAUGCCUGAAAGUUUGGAAGCGAACGCCACUGUACCGAUGCAUUACGUUAUUGCUAUCGAUAAUAAUAUGGGUAUGCGCGAUGUAACAGCACGAUAUGCUUCAAAAUUCUUAUCAGCAGAAACUCGACGACUUCGAAUUGAUUCUUCAUGGUGGACCGAUACAUUAAAGAUAUAUCGGAGCAAGAAUCGGAAACGUGAACGCAUUGAAGAUGUUGCAAUACACAACGAACUCCUCUCAAAGCCAAAACCAGCAACGGUUGCCGAAUACAAAAAUCAUCCACUAUAUGUGUUAAAGAAAGAUAUCCUGAAAUAUGAAGCGAUUUAUCCGGAAGACCAAGCUCCUAUCGGACAAAUUCGAGGUUUUGAUAUUUAUCCGCGAAGUUCUGUAUUUCACCUUGACGGUGCAUUGAAUUGGAUGAAACAUGCGCGUAUGGUUAAGACCGGUGAAAAACCGUAUAAAAUCGUGAAGGGAAGGAUGAAUCAUCGUACAGUGUCAGAACUAGGAGAAUCACGAUCCUUGGAACUAUACGGAUAUUGGCAAACUGAACCAUAUAUACCACCUAAGGUCGUCAAUGAACGUAUACCACGAAAUGAAUUUGGUAAUUUAUAUGUUUACAAAAGCAGUAUGGUACCAGAAGGUUGUAUUCAUCUACGACUAAAUGCACUUCCUGCUAUUUCUCGUCAUCUUGAUAUUGAUUGUGUUCCUGCAGUGGUGGGCUGGGAGUUUCACAAAGGGGGAAAUCAUCCAAUUAUUGACGGUUGCAUCGUUUUGAAACAACAUGAAGAGAUAUUGCGUGAAGCAUGGAAAGAAUUCCACGAAAAAAAGCAAAUUGCUACUGAGAAGAGGCGAAAGCAAAGAACUUUGAAAAACUGGAGGCGCUUGGUGAAGGGGAUGUUAACAAUGAAGAAAGUUCGAGCCAAAUUUCUGGUUGCAGAUCGUCAGAGCAUGUGCACUGAUGAAAAAUUGGAAAACAGAGAAAGUGAAACGCCUGCUACAGAUGACAUUGCUCUAUCUUGGCCGCAAACAAUUUUCGAUUUGCCUGGCGAAAAUGAUGCUAGCUAUCGCUGA